AGCGGGGCGGCACCGGGCACCGCGGCACCCCGCAGCCGGAGGAGGAGGAAGAUGCCGGGGAAGCUGAAGGUCAAGAUCGUGGCCGGGCGCCAUUUGCCCGUGAUGGACCGCGCCAGCGACCUGACCGACGCCUUCGUGGAGGUAAAAUUUGGAAAUACAACAUUUAAGACGGAUGUGUAUCCCAAAUCGCUCAAUCCUCAGUGGAAUUCUGAAUGGUUUAAAUUUGAAGUAGAUGAUGAAGAACUACAAGAUGAACCUCUCCAGAUCACAGUUCUUGAUCAUGAUACGUACAGUGCUAAUGAUGCCAUUGGCAAAGUGUACAUAGACAUUGAUCCUUUGCUCUAUAGUGAGGCAGCAACAGUUAUAUCAGGAUGGUUUCCCAUUUAUGAUACCAUCCAUGGUAUACGUGGGGAGAUCAAUGUGGUGGUGAAAGUAGAUCUCUUCAAUGAUUUGAACAGAUUUAGGCAGUCAUCCUGUGGAGUCAAAUUUUUUUGCACUACAUCUAUUCCCAAGUGUUACAGAGCAGUAAUAAUACAUGGAUUUGUGGAAGAGCUUGUAGUUAAUGAAGACCCAGAGUACCAGUGGAUAGACCGAAUUCGUACACCACGGGCAUCAAAUGAGGCUAGACAAAGACUUAUUUCUCUAAUGUCAGGUGAACUGCAAAGGAAGAUUGGCUUGAAGGUACUUGAAAUGAGAGGAAAUGCUGUUGUUGGCUAUUUGCAGUGUUUUGAUUUGGAGGGAGAAUCUGGACUAGUAGUACGUGCCAUAGGAACAGCCUGUACCUUGGAUAAAUUAAGUAGCACAUCGGCAUCCUUACCUGCAUGUAACUCCCCAUCCAAAGAAAUGAAGGAGAUUCCCUUCAAUGAAGAUCCCAAUCCCAAUACUCAUUCAUCAGGACCCUCCACCCCUCUGAAAAACCAAACCUAUUCCUUUUCACCUUCCAAGUCCUACAGUCGACAGUCCUCUUCUUCUGACACAGAUUUGAGUUUGACACCCAAAACUGGAAUGGGCAGUGGGAGUGCUGGAAAAGAAGGGGGGCCAUUUAAAACUCUUUUAAGACAACAGACUCAGUCAGCUCUGGAGCAAAGGGGAGGAUCGCCUCAUAGGUUCUGUAGAAGGCGGGAAUUUCCAUUUUUUACCUUGACGGCCUUUCCGCCCGGCUUCCUCGUGCAUGUUGGUGGUGUGGUCAGUGCGCGGUCCGUGAAGCUCUUGGAUCGCAUUCACAAUCCCGCCUUUGUCGGAAUUAUGGGUAACACAAGAUCAUACAAACUGCUAGACUGGAAUAGUUUCAAUUCAGACGAACCAGAGACACGAGAUGCCUGGUGGGCAGAAAUCAGACAAGAAAUAAAAUCCCAUGCCAAGGCAUUGGGGUGUCAUGCUGUAGUGGGCUACAGUGAAUCAACUAGCAUUUGUGAGGAGGUCUGUAUUUUGUCCGCGUCUGGCACAGCAGCUGUACUGAACCCUAGGUUCCUCCAGGAUGGCACCGUGGAAGGCUGUUUGGAACAAAGGUUGUCAUGGCAGCCUGGCUUCUUUUCCAUAGGGUCAGAGAAGGGAGAGGUUGAUUUUUUUCCUCAGAGCCAAGAUAGUUCUUCUCUAUUAGGGAUUGAAGAAACUUCACCACCAGGUUGUGGAUUUUGCCAUAUACCAUAUGAUGAACUGAACAUGCCAUUCCCUGCUCACCUCACAUACUGCUACAACUGCAGGAAGCAAAAGGUUCCCGAUGUCCUUUUCACUACAAUUGAUCUCCCUGUAGAGGCAAUCGUUAUUGGGAAGGGAUGUCUUAUUCAAGCCAGGUUAUGCCGUCUAAAGAAGAAGGCUCAAGCAGAAGCAAAUGCCACAUCUAUCAGUAAUCUCCUGCCAUUUAUGGAGUAUGAAGUGCACACCCAGCUGAUGAAUAAACUUAAGCUAAGAGGCAUGAACGCUCUGUUUGGGCUGAGGAUACAAAUCACUGUGGGUGAAAACAUGCUCAUGGGCUUGGCAUCUGCAACAGGUGUGUAUCUAGCAGCUUUGCCAACACCUGGUGGUAUUCAGAUUGCUGGAAAAACUCCAAAUGAUGGCAGCUAUGAACAGCACAUAUCUCACAUGCAGAAGAAGAUAAAUGAUACAAUAGCAAAAAACAAGGAACUUUAUGAGAUCAAUCCUCCUGAGCUACCUGAAGAGAUCAUUGGGUCUCCCAUUCCAGAACCCAGACAACGUUCCAGGCUGUUAAGAUCUCAGUCAGAAAGCUCUGAUGAAGUUACUGAGCUAGACCUUUCGCAUGGGAAAAAGGAUGCUUUUGUCUUGGAGAUUGAUGAUACAGAUGCAAUGGAAGACGUACAUUCGCUGCUGACAGAUGCUCCACCACCUUCAGGUUUUUACAGUUGCAACACAGAAAUUAUGCCUGGUAUAAAUAACUGGACUCCUGAAAUUCAAAUGUUCACAGCAGUAAGAGUAUCCAGAUUAAGCAACGUAAACCUGACAAAUCAAGCACUUAAUAAAAGCUUUAAUGAUCUCUGUGAGAAUCUUCUGAAGAGCUUAUAUUUUAAACUACGAUCCAUGGUUCCCUGCUGCCUUUGUCAUGUAAAUUUUACCGUUGCUCUUCCAGAGGAUGAAUUAGUUCAGAUCGCCGUCACAGCUGUUGCAAUAACAUAUGACAAAAAUCAAGCAUUACAAGCUAAUAAAGCCCCUACAGAAAAAGCCCAGCAAAGAGCAUCUACAGACAAUGAAGAACAGCUACAAUUCCCUCUGGAACUUUGCUCUGACCCCCUUGCUUCCCAGCCAUUCUCGCCAGCUAAAGAGGCCCUGGAGGGUGCAAGUUCCCACACAGGUAUUCCUGCCGCACAGAGAGCAACGUCAGUUGAUUACAGUUCCUUUGCAGACAGAUGCAACAGCUGGAUAGAGCUCAUUAAACUGAAAGCUCAGACCAUAAGGCGCGGAUCAAUUAAGACAACUGCCUCUCUUGACAAAGCCAGCCCGCUGGCCGAGGGUCCCUUCCGGCACCGCUCCGUCCCGUCAUGCGCCAAUUCCACCGUCACUGUUGUUAAGAUGACACCUCUCUCUUUUCUACCUGGGGCAAAAAUAACCAAGUAUCUUGGAAUAAUCAACAUGUUUUUUAUACGAGAAACCACUUCUUUGCGUGAGGAGGGUGGUGUCAGUGGUUUUCUCCACGCUUUUAUUGCUGAAGUGUUUGCAAUGGUGAGAGCCCACGUGGCAGCGUUAGGGGGAAAUGCAGUUGUCUCAUAUAUAAUGAAGCAGUGUGUUUUCAUGGAGAACCCAAACAAAAAUCAGGCCCAGUGUUUAAUAAACGUUAGUGGAGACGCCGUCAUCUUUGUAUGUGAAUCUGAGUUAGAAAUGUUACCCACUCAGCCUUCCGCAGCGGUUCCUCAGCCCACAAAUUCUGCAGGAGAUGUCACAACAUGAAGUCUGAGAAAGUGAAAUAGGCUCUGGCAGAUAUAAAGAUUGCUUGAAAUGUGGGAAUUUUAGGUUUGCAUCUUCAAAAUCGGUAUCUUGCCACAUGAUUAAUGGCCAAAAUCAAGGACAAUCGCUGCACUUUGUCUUUCAACUUUAUGUAGUAAUCAUGGCAGGGUAUUGGCAGGGAUACUCUGAUUCUGCUUUUGUUAUUACAGGCCCCUUUCAAACACAAAGAGAAACUGAAACACUGAUAUGGAAGUGUAGAUUAAAAUUGACAGCAAACAGGACUCUGAAAGUUUUUAAACUGUUCAACAGGACUAGGAUGAACUGUAAUUCAUGACAGUCUCAGAGUUUGCUUAUUUAUUCUGAGAUCAUAAAAGUAAAAAGGGAACAUAAUUGAGGUGCCUCUAUCAGCCACCACUGUUCAAAGAGCAAGAGGUUUGUGGGAAAGUUAAUAAAAAGUGAAAUGAAGUCUGGACUUGUCUUAGAUUAUAGAGUUUGGAGAAGAAGAAGAAGCACCAAAAAUGUCACAGUUUGAAUUCUGCACACUGGAAGAGUUUCCUGAUUCUUUGUGAACUACUGAACAGUUUUUGUUGUAAAACAUCUUUUAAAGUUGUUGGGCGGUGAAAUGUGGGUUAGGUGUUAUUAAAAAUAUAUAUAUAUUUUUCUUAGGGCAGAGUUUUCUUGCAGUGGUGAUUUGAACAAGGUUCUGUGAAAGUCACUUAAUACGAAGGUAUGAGCCUGCAACCCUUCAGGAAGCUGGCAGAGCCGUGCUACUGUGGGCUAAGGUUUGUGAUGUCUGUUUCUGCAAGUUGUUCUUGUCCUGCACUGUACGUGGGAAAUGAGGCUGCUGCGAGGAAAGACAGGUUUUCAUUUCCUGCAAAUCUCUGGAAGACAUUAUUAGAUUAAUAUUAAAAAAAAAAAUGCAACAUUUGAUUUGAAGAUGCAUUCUUAAGUAAUUCUGGCAGCAUCAUCUAUGGAACUUGAACAACUAUGUAAACUUGAAUGUAAAUACUCGGCUCGUUGUGCAGAAUUGAAGCAAUGG